GCUUCAGACCGGAAAACUAUCUGUACUUUGUUCACCAAGUGAAAGGAGGAAAACAGUGAAACCCUCUUGAACAAAGACUAAAACCUCUGCGACGGACCCAUUUUGGAGAAAUGGAGGCUCAACAGUUCUAUCGCUUUUCUUUUUGGUCCACUUGGGUAAUUGUCCUUUUCCUGCCCUCGGUUUGCACUGGUAUGGAUGCACCAAGACUGAGCUUGAACAGCACGGUCUUUGUGGCCUUUACAAAGGAGAAUCUCACAGUCUGUUGUACCCUUGACCUCCCUGCAAAUCAGACUGCAGACAAGUUACAGUGUUUCAACCCCUCUGAUAAAUUAAUGUGCGAAGAAGACAUCCAGGCGACAAAAAGCAUCAUUAAAGUUGAAAAAAUGCUUUUGUUAAAAAACGUGACGGAAUCUGGAGAAUACCACUGCAAAUAUAAAAGAGCCAACGUUUACUUGUUUUUACAGGUCAGAGAUGAAGGCUACAAGGCCGACCACACUGAAUUUAUUAUUCGGGGCACCAUCGCUGGAGUGCUGCUGAUCUCCAGUGUGCUCUUCUCAGUGAUUGCUCUCAGAGGACAUUGGAAAGAAAAAAACACAGAAUGUGACAACACUGGCAGAAAUGAAAAGCAGAACAAAGAAGAAAAGGACAGAGAGAUAAAGGAAGCAAAGGAUGUGAUGCCACCACAGUCCCCUUCUGUUUACGCUAGUCUAGAUACUCGUCCCAGGUCCAUUUAUGACGUGCUGGACUGCUCAGCUGCUGAAGCAGAGCCGACAAUUGAGAAAACCAAUUCCAAGAAAAGGGAAAUGCUAAAAACGGUGGAGCCAAAACCAGAACACCAAGAUGAAGGCGCAUUUGAAUCUGUUUAUGAGAACUUCUAAAGCAAAUCUUCAGCUUCUGUGCAUAUUAAGAUUAUAAUCCCCCCCCCCCCCCCGCUCUCUUUUUUUAAUUUAAUUUAAUUUUUGGUUUACUGUUAAAGCCUACUUCUAUUGAAGCCGUCAAGCCGCAAAGUUACAUGCAAGAGGUUUAGCUUUUAAAAAUAGAUGUAAAUAAUGGCAAAAUGUAUGUAGAGACGAAAACAACUAGAAACUUAAUGUCUUUAUAUUAAAAUUAAGUAUGAGGUAAAAUUAAUUAAUAUAUAAAGAAAAAUAAAUAAACUUGGGCUGGUGGUGUAUUACUUGAAUUAUGAUGUUACUGGUUUAUUUUAUUUAAUAAAAACAAAGGAAUAAAGAGACACAAAUAAAUGAAAGUAAUAUUGCUUACAUAUCUCAAACCUGUUUAAGAUUUGAGGUCAUAAAUUAAUUAAAAACAAUAUUCUAAACAUAUGAUUGUUGUGCUUACUGCUGCAUUAAAACAUCAUUUUUACCAACAAAAAUGUGACCUAUAUUUCCAAAUGAAUUGGUUGAUGUGAAGAACAGACGCGUGUUUUUCUUAACAUUUAACAGGAAUAAGAGCUCUAAAUGACGGCAAGUUUCUGUUUAACACAAGCGGCUCCGACAUGUUUUUUUCGAUUUUGUGUUUUAUGCUUAAAUCCUCUUAUGUUGUCGUUUUGGAAAGAAAACAGUGAGCUAAACGUUCGUGACGUUUGACCUCAAGUAACCAAUCACAGCUCAGCUUUUAGUGGAACUUCCGGGUUUAGCUAUUUUGCUAGCUGCAUUCAUCAUGGCUGCCGAAAGUGAUUUUCUGGCGAGAUAUCGGGCUGUGUCUAAUAAACUGAAAAAACGUUUUCUUCGAAAGCCGAACGUAGCGGAGGCCAGUGAGCAGUUUGGCCAGUUGGCUAAAGAACUGAGGCAGCAGGAUUGCCUUCAAUAUGCCGCCUUCUGCAACCUGGCUAUGGCUCGCUGCGAGCAGACUCUCUUUAACGCUCCCGGAGAGGCUCUGGCCUUGACCGAAGCCGCCCGCCUCUUCCUCACCUCCGAGAAGGAGAACCGAGCCCUGCAGGCCCCGGGCUUCGACGAACACCUCCAAGCUGCACUCAACUGCUACAGCUUUGCCACAAAGGUGUACAUUGAGAUGAACCAGCCGGUCAUGGCAGCCAGCCUGUGUCAGGAACUUGGCAACGCGCUCAAGGAAAUGAAUAGACCAGGAGAAGCCAUUGUUCAUUAUCAGCGAGCAGCAGAGUUGCAGACGCAGACGCCCAUUGAAGCCCUGCUGUCAAUGGGAGAAAUGGCCUCCUGUAAAAUCCUAACCCGCGACUAUGACGGAGCUUUGUCAGUCUUCACGGAGAUGCAGCUCCUCUGUCAGGAGAAAGGACUCCAACUCCCAGGAUCCUCCACUCCAGUUGGAGCCUUCUUGGACAUUGUAGCCAAAUGUGAAAUAUCCAGAGUUCUGCUGCUGAUGCUGCUUGAGCCGCCGCCGCAGAAGCUGCUGCCAGAGCACGCUCAGACUUUGGAGAGAUACGCCUGGGAGUCUUUCGACCCUCACAGUCAAGUGACGUUCCUGCCCGAGAACGUCUUCCUGCUGCUGCAGUCUGUGGUGAUGGCAUGUCAGGAGAAAGACACAGAGUCUCUAAAGUCUCUGCAGACUGAACUCUGGCCGUUUCUGACUGCUGAGCAGAACCACCUUCUCCACCUAGUGGUGCAGGAGAGAAUUACACCGUCUGGUCAAGGCAUUUAGCUUCCACCGGCUUCCUCUGGGAACAAUAUAUAUAAGAGAACAUUCCUGCCUCUGACUGGGUCUGUUUUAGGGCCUGGAGGGGCUGUUUUCUGCUGUGGAAAACGGUGUCUUCACUGGAUCCGACAGAGUUCCUUAUUUAAGAAGUUGUUGCACUUGUGUUUUUCUCUUAAAGCGUGGCGGUUUGAUGUUUAUCAUUAAGUGAAGAAUGGGAGAAUAGAACCACAGCAGUAGACGACGGCGUGGAGAGAGACAGAAAAUGAAAACCGGGAGCGGCGUUGUAUGGCCUACAAACGCUCCCCGCCCCCGCCGCUCCCCCAUUACUCCUUUUUCCCUGCCCUCGCUCACUGAGCGGCAGCUUCAUUCUCCCUUCUGCCUCUGGCUCUCUGCUCACAGCUGCACGCGACAAAUUCAUGAAAAAAAAAAACUUUUUUUCCCCUUCAAAAUGGCAGCUUUUCUGCUGGUUUUAUCUCCAUAGCAACCUAUCUUUGGUCGCCUUAGGGUGACGAACAGGUCUAUAUCAAUUUUAGAAGAAUUGGCAAAAAGAAAAUGUUUGGAUUUCCUCAGCAACUGAGGCUUUAUGUUAACCCACAUUCCUCAUAUUUUCAUAAAGUUGGUCAUGUUUUUGUUUAGCUUGAGCCAAGAAUUCAUGUAUUACAUUUUUAGUAAGAGGAGAACAGCACUUUGGCGAGCUCGCCACGCUAACGCCGUUCAAAAUCUUCUAAAUUCAACAUUUUUUCCAGUGAUGCUCAAAGAUUCUGGGGGUGAUGGAUUGAAAUCCCAAGGAGUUUUAAUCUGAAGCUGGGCCUGAAAGAGAUUUUUUUUUCUAUUUAAUAUGGCAGCCUCUUCCUGAGGUCAAAGGUCAACUUUGUGGUUGUAGACCUAGCCUGGUGGCGUGUGUAUGAAAAUGUAAGAAGAUCGCUCAGGACAGAAGUGUUCUUUUCCCAUAUUGAUCAAAAAUGUGAAAAAUAAAAAUUUGCCACACAA